AUGGCGACGGGGACGCUACCAUCUGUUCUAUCCUCGUUUUGUUUCGUUUUUAUGUUUAUUCACCUUCACGACUUUAAAGUUUACGGUCAGCAGUACAUCAUACCGUUUAAAGAGCCUAUAAACUGCGGCACGGAGGAGUUUUAUGAUAUUUCCAGUCUGUCGUGUUCAAGCUGUGGGUCCAACCAACGCCGCAGUAGCACAGGUCUUUCUUGCAUCUGCAAAGUUGGAUAUUUUGCCCUUACUACAGAAAAAUCAUCUGUUUGUGAAAAGUGUCCUACAGAUAAACCAGCUGUAACGAAGGAUGGGUUUGGCUGUAUUCGCUGUCCGGGUAGUAUAAGUGAUGAGGGGUUUUGCACAUGCCCAAUGGGCAGCGUCCUUAUUGAGAGAGAUCUUAAGGGGAACGUUUUAGAGGAAGCCCAGUGUGAGGUGUGUAAUGGCAGCAAACCAGCCUCUUCAGUCCCGAACAUCAAUGGAGACAGGUGCGAGAGAUGUCAUGCCUCUUUCAUCAGUAGCUCUUGUGCAUGUGGAUCUCCUGGUAUUCUAUCUGGGGGAUUAUGCUUUUCACCUGGAAGUCUGCCAACCAAUGUAAAUCCAAGUGUGAACUUUGCUCAGCUGAAGAUUAAUGUGCACUCAGCAUGGUUUGUCAGAAAUCUCUACUCUUCUGCAGCCGCAUGCCUGGUUUUCUCUAACCUGACUGCAUGCCAGGCUCUUGGGAACAUGUGUGUGUUAAACAUGCACUCUUUCAGUGGUGUGAGCACUGACGCCUGUGGACUCUUCAACACCAUCUUCAGAUCGAGAGCAGCGCUGAGCUCAAUCCAUGACAUCUCAUACUGGAGAGUCAACUUGCCCUGGCUUUAUUAUGGAGAAGAGCCAGGACUAGCGAUUAGGGUCCUUCAGACGAAUCCAGUGCCAAUUGGAUUCAGUUUCAGAGGAAAAAAUGAGUUUACUGCCAUUAAUCUGGUUGCUGCUGUUUAUGACGUGAGAGGAGAGUUUCUUGGAUGGGAAAAGAUCGGUCCAGGUAAUCUACAGCUUUGUCCAGACACUGCUGUCAGGCAGGCAGCAGCCUAUAAUUUUGGGACAUCGUACCAAGAAAGUUGUACCCUCUCUCUCAAAGAUUUGUUGGUCUCUCAUCCGGAGCCGUUGUUCUAUGAUGUCUUCAUGGAUCUUGGAGGUGAUGAGAACAAAAAGCUUCUUCCAUUACCCACACUGGUCAACAACCAACAGUACAAUGGAAGGUUCUUCAACCAAGAAAGCAUGAAAAACUGGUACCUGACCCGGCGCUUGUUUCUCGUGGAUACUUUAAGCGGUCGAGAGAAAACCUUGACUUCAAAUCCUAAAGUGAUUCGCGUGAUUAAAACUCUGACAAUAAAAUUUCAGCUUGUUCCGCGGACACAGGAGGGGCAGGUUUUUCCCCCUCUGAUUACUGUCACCUACAACGAUGUCCCCGUCUCAGAUAUCAACAUACAGAAAGUGACUACCUCUUUUUCUGUGGAGUAUGAAAUGGAUCAGGCUGAGUCAAACUUAAAAAUGAAUACGGCGCUCGGAGUUUUGGGAGGUGUGGCAGUUUUGUAUUCACUGUUAAAAACUGUAGGCUGGAAGAGGAGGAUUGCUUCACCACUUAUUGAUGCAGGGAUUAUAUUCAAGUUUUUGUUAUUCUACGCGGGAGAUCUGGCAAAUGUUUUCUUUGCCGUCACUGUUGGAACAGCACUUUACUGGCUCAUAUUUUACAAGGCCCAGCAGUUUGUUUCUGUGUUAUUACCACUUCCAGCUCAAGAAGAACAGUUUGUCACAUACAUCGGUUGUGCUUUUGCGCUAAAGGGAAUCCAGCUUCUUCACAAACUGACCCUUCAGUUAUCUGUGGAUAUGUUCUUAAUCGACUGGGAGAGGCCACGCAACAAAACUGGCACCAGAACUACCCAAGCUGGUGGUGAAGUGAAGCGUGACCCUGCCCCCGUGAGCAUCUGGAGGACUUAUUUUGUGGCAAAUGAAUGGAACGAAAUUCAGACUAUUCGAAAGAUUUGCCCCACAUUUCAAGUCAUGGCUGUUCUUUUCUUUCUUGAGGUAGUAGGUUUUUCAAACUUGGCUCUGAGGGACCCAUCACCUUUGUUAGAGCGCCCCCUGCAGGCAUAUACGCCAUCCUACAGCCUGAUUCUACGCUAUGGGGUUUCUACAGCACUGUGGCUUUGCAUUGGACUGCUUCAAGUGAUCUUUUUCACUCUCUUCUAUGAGUGCUUUGUUGAGGACAAAAUCAGGCAGUUUGUGGAUCUCUGCUCCAUCAGUAAUAUAUCUGUGCUGCUUUUAUCCCACCGAUGUUUUGGUUAUUACAUUCAUGGACGCUCGGUUCACGGCCACGCAGAUACAAACAUGGAAGAAAUGAACAACAAUCUAAAACGUGAAGGGGAAUCCUUGUGCGGUCAAAGGGGUCUUCUUCCCAACACGGACACUCAGACGUUUCAGAUCUCUCUCGCAAUCCCAUUAAGGAAUCAAUAUGACCGAAUACGAGAGCCUCUCAACAGGAGAUAUAGACCAGCCCGCAUGCUAGACACAUCCUCUGGAAACCACUUUGAGCAGUGCACCAGAGCCUACAACACAAUGAACCACUUCCUCGGAGCUGUUAUUGACCAUGCCCACCCAGCUUUGGACUACAUUGUGAGAGACAAGUUAAUGCUCGAACGUAUAAUUGGGAUGGAGUUUCUUGACCCAAAUGACAAAAGUAUCUUCUACAAUGAUGAGGCCCAUUCUUUCAGUGAUUUGCUUUUUUAUGGAAAUGAAGCCACGCUGCUGAUCUUUGAUACUUUAUUCUUUUGUGUGGUUGACCUUGGUUCUCAGAGCUUUGUUCUUGCUGCUGUUCUCACAUACUUGCAGCAGAUGAUCUUCAGAGUGAUUCGUAAUGCUCUUGGAAGAAAGAAUCUAGCAAAUAAGACACUAGUGGAUGAGCGUUUUCUUAUAUAGAGCGUUAUUAUA